AUGCAGAUCUUCGUGAAGACGCUGACGGGCAAGACCAUCACCCUGGAUGUGGAAGCCUCUGACACAAUCGACAACGUGAAGGCGAAGAUCCAGGAUAAGGAGGGCAUCCCUCCGGACCAGCAGCGCCUGAUCUUUGCGGGGAAGCAGCUGGAAGACGGGCGCACGCUGUCUGACUAUAACAUCCAGAAAGAGUCCACGCUGCACCUCGUGCUGCGCCUGCGCGGAGGCAUGCAGAUCUUCGUGAAGACGCUGACGGGCAAGACCAUCACCCUGGAUGUGGAAGCCUCUGACACGAUCGACAACGUGAAGGCGAAGAUCCAGGAUAAGGAGGGCAUCCCUCCGGACCAGCAGCGCCUGAUCUUUGCGGGGAAGCAGCUGGAAGACGGGCGCACGCUGUCUGACUAUAACAUCCAGAAAGAGUCCACGCUGCACCUCGUGCUGCGCCUGCGCGGAGGCAUGCAGAUCUUCGUGAAGACGCUGACGGGCAAGACCAUCACCCUUGAUGUGGAAGCCUCUGACACAAUCGACAACGUGAAGGCGAAGAUCCAGGAUAAGGAGGGCAUCCCUCCGGACCAGCAGCGCCUGAUCUUUGCGGGGAAGCAGCUAGAAGACGGGCGCACGCUGUCUGACUAUAACAUCCAGAAAGAGUCCACGCUGCACCUCGUGCUGCGCCUGCGCGGAGGCAAGUAG